GCAAUAGUGGAAACCAAAUAAUUGAUGACUUUUUAAGAUCAACAGGAGAGCAAUUUCAAUGGAUUCCAUAUAAUUGUUUUCGGGAUAUUAAAUAUUUAUCAAAAGGUGGUUUUGGUGUUGUGUACAAAGCUAAAUGGAAACACAUUGAAGUUGUUCUCAAAAGCCUUUAUAACUCUGAUAAUAUAAAUGUCGAUUUCUUGAAAGAGGCAGAUUCUCAUAAGAAAUUCAAAAAUUAUAAUGGUAUAGUUCAAAUAUAUGGAAUUACACGCGACCCGUUUAAUAAGAAUUAUUCAAUUGUAACAAAAUAUGUUUCUGAUUUAAUUUUAAAAAUAUUGGAUGGACAUCGACCAAUCAUCACUGGUGAUACACCCGAAUGUUUCAAAAAGUUAAUGGUUCGAUGUUGGAACAAUAAUCCCCUUGAUCGACCAAACAUUAACGAACUAUAUAAAGCAUUAAUUAAAUGGAAAAAUUCUGGAAAUGCGCAGUUUGAAGAGGCAGAAUCGCUUAGAAAAAUGAUUAUCCGAUCUAGUGCAGAUAAAACAGAAAAUAUGGAAUUUAUACAUUCAGAGACCAUAUAUACGAGUCGCUUAUUAUCUAAUAUGCUGCCUAUUUUACGUAAACGAACUUAUGUUUAUUCUGAUAUUCACUUCAAUCUUGUGUUAAGCAAAAAGAGACGGGAUUUUAUCAAGUCUCCGUCUCUAGCUAUACAAGUUCAUGGAACUACUGCAAUGAAGGAACUCGUUACGAAGCAACAAGUGUUUUUGGAGCGGGUUCCUCCUUUGCCUUAUGAGCAGAGGUUAGAAGGCAGAGAAAAAGAACACAUCGAUUCUGGAUCAAAUGAAUGUAGUGAUGAGGAAGCCUUGUCUCGUGAAAUUUCUAAUGAAAUCAGUUCAUCAAAGAGAGUCAAUGAUAAACCUGUUAAUGAAUCCAUAGCAGAAGACAUUGAAAUAAUAGAUGACGAGUCACAAGGAUGGUCCGAGUGCGAAGAAUGUUAUGGAACUGUAAAAGAAUUCUGUAAAUAUUGCGGUUGCACCGUAUGCAAAUGGAAAGGUAAUCGAGGCAACAUCCUUCUAUGCGAUGGUUGUAACGAGGGUUUCCAUAUUAGUUGUUUAAAACCUCAACUCUCAGGAAUUCCUUCUGGGAAUUGGUAUUGUAAGAAAUAUGAGGAUCCGAACAACUCAAAAUGGAAAUUGCCAAAAAAAAUUAAACAAUCAAAAAGUAACGAAGAUUAUGAAGUCGGACAAAGUCUAAAGAAAUCUUUGAAUAAUGACUCAAUUGAAAAUAGUGAAAAUAGUGUGGAAAGUCAAUGA